UGAUGGUAACGACAAAUGCUGAGGGAAUGAAAUUCGUUAAAGUAAGAGUUCGGAGUACAAGAAUUCCACAGAUGGGUGAUAAAUUCGCUAGUCGACAUGGGCAGAAAGGCACUAUUGGAAUUACUUAUCGGCAAGAAGAUAUGCCAUUUACUUCUGAAGGGAUUACGCCAGACCUUAUUAUUAAUCCACAUGCCAUACCGAGUCGUAUGACAAUCGGUCAUUUGGUCGAAUGUUUAUUAGGAAAGGUUUCAACUCUCACUGGCCAAGAAGGCGAUGCCACGCCGUUCACUGAUGUGACGGUUGAAGCUAUUUCGCACAGCUUACGACAAAAUGGCUACCAUUCUCGAGGAUUUGAAGUAAUGUAUAAUGGCCAUACAGGACGGAAGUUAGCCGCGCAAGUUUUCUUAGGACCAACAUAUUAUCAACGGUUGAAACAUAUGGUGGAUGAUAAAAUUCAUUCUCGUGCUAGAGGUCCCGUGCAAAUUCUCACACGUCAGCCAGUGGAAGGCCGCAGUCGUGAUGGUGGAUUACGUUUCGGCGAAAUGGAACGUGAUUGUAUGAUUUCUCAUGGUGUAGCCAUGUUUUUGAAGGAACGAUUAUUCGAUGCGUCAGAUGCAUAUCGCAUUCAUGUUUGUGAUAUAUGCGGACUAAUGGCCAUAGCAAACCUUAAGAAGAAUACUUUUGAAUGUAAAGCUUGUAAAAAUACUACACAG